UCCAAGAUAUUCAAAUCUUCUGAGAAUGCAAUCAGCAGAUCAAAGGGUAGUGAUGGUAACACUCACCAGAUUACUGCUCGUCUGCCAUCUAGUUCAAAGAAUGCCUCAAGCAAUACAAAGAACCAAAGAACCACAUCAAAAAGAAGGAUAAAAAGCAAUCGAAAGAGAGAAAGAAAGGAAAGGACUCCAAAAAAGUGCAUCAGGGACCCUCCAGAGCUUAAUAAAAUUCUCCCAAAGGGAGAAUCCUUGCCUGACAUUAAGGCAAAAAAUAGAAAACAUGCUGAUCUUCCUGUUGAUGUAAACAAUACUGCAAGCAAUGCAAAGAAGCCCAUUAGAGGCCCUCCUGAGCUUAAUAAAGUUCUCCCAUCCUUGCCUGACAUUAAGGCAAAAAAUAGAAAACAUGCUGAUCUUCCUGUUGAUGUAAACUUUACUGCAAGCAAUGCAAAGAAGCCCAUUAGAGGCCCUCCUGAGCUUAAUAAAGUUCUCCCAUCCUUGCCUGACAUUAAGGCAAAAAAUAGAAAACAUGCUGGUCUUCCUGUUGAUGUAAACAAUACUGCAAGCAAUGCAAAGAAGCCCAUUAGAGGCCCUCCUGAGCUUAAUAAAGUUCUCCCAUCCUUGCCUGACAUUAAGGCAAAAAAUAGAAAACAUGCUGAUCUUCCUGUUGAUGUAAACUUUACUGCAAGCAAUGCAAAGAAGCCCAUUAGAGGCCCUCCUGAGCUUAAUAAAGUUCUCCCAUCCUUGCCUGACAUUAAGGCAAAAAAUAGAAAACAUGCUGAUCUUCCUGUUGAUGUAAACUUUACUGCAAGCAAUGCAAAGAAGCCCAUUAGAGGCCCUCCUCAGCUUAAUAAAGUUUGUCCAUCCUCGGCUGACAUUAACACAACAACCAAACCUGCUGAUCUCCCUGUUGAUGUUUUGUUACUGACAGUGAAGAAUUGUGAGUUCUCAGCUUGUUACAGUGAGCUUAAGAACCCCUAUAGAUGCCACUUUGAUGGUCUUGGGUAUGUUUACUUUUCUGACGUGGCUAGAAGUCAAGAGAAAGUAACAGUCGCAUUAUUAAAAUGUUAUGAGAACAGUAGUUGUCCUGGUGGUUCUCUCAUCUCUGUAAAGAAUGCUGCCACUGUGCUAAGACCUAAAGCAGUUAUAUCUGUUGGUGCAUGUAGUGGUCUUGACCCUGAGAAAUGCAAGUUAGGAGAUGUUGUUGUUUCUGCCAAAUUAGCAACAUAUGCAUCAAAAGUGGUGAUCAAUAAUCAAGAGCAGUCAACUGGCAUGAGGAGUUAUGUGAGCAAACGCUUCCUGGAUGUCAUUAAGAAUUGUGCUGAUGGUUGGAAAGCACCUUUGAAGAACCCUGCUGAUGCUCAACAAGUUCAAGUUCAUACUGCUGCUGAGUUUCUGAGUGGACCAGAACAAGUCAUUUCUAGACAGCAGCGUGAUCAACUUGCUGAAAUAAAUCCUCAGGCAAUAGCAAUGGAAAAUGAAGGAGAAGGUAAGUUGACUGUUGUUUUUGUUGGUCAUCACAACCAACAUUAUAUGUAAGAAAACUCUACAUGUUUGAUUUUUGCAAGUAUACAAAGUUAACUGAAACCUUCCAUAAAAGGUAAAUCUUUUUUCCUUAAUUUUCUUCAUGAAUCAGCAUGAUUUAGGUUUAAAGAAUGGUAGUAACAUUUAGAGCUUACUUGAGGUGGAAAGAGAGCAUAAAAUAUUAAAUAAAUUCAACACCUUGCUGGCCAGGAGCCUUUUGUAUGUGGUUGAUGCUCAAAUUACCCUGCAGGGGACUUUGGGAAUUUAAAACUUCUGUAGUGAGCUGUCAAGGUCAUGCUUGUUACAUGUUCUGCUCCUUACCCCGCCCUCCCCUUAGUAAGUAUAUGUUAAGUAUGCGGCGCGAAUGUUCCACUGCUAAGCUGUGAGAUGGUGCCAUGGUAGAUGCUACUCACAGGGUUGUCGAGGUUAUGUGCUGCACUUGGGAGCAUCUUGGGUCCACAAGCCUUGCAGGCACCUUGCCAUCAUUUAUCUUUGAGUUUUAAUAUUACACAUUUACAGACCUUUUAAGCAAAAAUGGCUGCUGUUGUUUUUCCGUACUCUGAAAAUUUGUUCAGUUCUUGGUUUAUAGUCUGUGUAGUUGUGAUUGAUUUAAACUGAUUUAAAUUUAAGAUAUUUCUAUGGAAAAAAGCCACACUAGCCCAGUUAACUGCUCAUAGAAUAGGAUACAGCUGAGGAUACAUAUACCCUUAAGACUACAUAAACUUUAAUCUUAACUUUACUUUAACUAGAUGCUUAAGGUAAAUAGUUUAAUUCUGUUGGUAAGUUUUCACUAAGCAAUAGCAGCUGCAUGAUGUCUCUGAGAUCCACACAAUUUUUUUUGUGCAUGUACUCUGGACCGUCUUAAAACUAAUGUAAUGUUUGUUUUGUUUUCCUACAGGACUAUUUACAGCAGCAUUUGAUUGUCAAAUUGAGUGGUUAAUUGUGAAAGGAAUAGCUGAUUAUGCAGAUGGCUCUCAGCUGACUUCUGAGAGUUGGUCUUCCUGUGCAAGUGUGAUGGCAGCAUCUCUUGUUGCACACAUUUUGAAUGAACCCUGCGUUUUUCAUUCAUGGCCUCAUUAUCAAGGUAAUCAUUCUCAUAAAGGGCAUAAAAAUUAUGAUUUAUUGAAUCCAUUGAUGGGUUACUUAAUACAGUCACAGAUAGCUACAUGGUAUAAAUUAUACGCACUUUGGGUACACACAUGUAUUAUCCCAAAUUCAGGUGUCCAAUACACACCACUUGUUCAAAUUGUGUAAGUUUAGAUGGAAGUUGCAUAAGUCAGAUGAGUGAUAGGAGUUGUCAAACAAUGUCUUUCAUUUGUGUGAUUGGUUGAAAUGGUGAAUGUGUUCCCUUUGUAUUGGACAAGCCUGGAUUUUGUUUAAAGGGAACCUCCACUCUUACUACAGAAUAAGUUUAAAUCGAAUAAAAUUAUGUUGAUAAACAAAUUUGUUCGAAAUUUGUUCGAAAUUUGUCUUUAAAAAAGUGUUUAUAUCAGGAAAAGUUAAUUUUAAAAUCGCUUAUUUUCACUUUCAAAUUUCGCGGGCGCCGCCGUCUUGAAUAAUUGUGACGUGUUACGGUUACUCUAUUGUUCUGACACAAAAAGCUUUUGUUUAAUAACAAUAGGGCAACCAUUACACGUCACAAUUAUUCAAGAUGGCGACGCCCGCAAAAUUUGAAAACAAAAAUAGGCGAAUCUAAAAGUUAUUUCUUUCGGAUACAAACGCUUUCUUUAAAAAUAUUUUAGAUUGAAUUGACUGUAACAGUUAUUUCCUGUGAUUUAAAGUUCUCUUUUUGUUGAAGUGGAGGUUCCCUUUAAGGUGGAGAUAAACGAAUAUUUCAACAAACCACACGGUACGCCCACAACCCAUGUUUCUUGUAAGCUUUGUCGGUAAUCCGUAUAUCUUGAUUUAUCUCUUGCUUUAUCAUCAUUUUCUUUUAAUAUUCUGUUUAAAAUUUUUAUCUUGAUAUCAUAUUUUAUUUUUCCUGUGAUAGUUUAAAAAUGUUGUUAGCAGAAAGUUUAAUGAAGGAUUCCUUCUUUUCUCUGGCAUGAUAAAAACGCUAACCCCGAUUUGAACGAUUUUGAUGUCAUCAUGAUAUAUCAAUCAGUCAUUUUGUCUGUUUUUCUUUGUUAAAUGGUAAAAUCACUUGACUAAGAUUCGAGAUUGUUAGGCCCGGUUCAGACGCGGAACUUUUCAUGAGCCGAACCUAAUUCGAAUUAAGGUCGACCCAAAUUAUUUACACCGGCUGAAUUGAUUUAGACGCCGUUCUUAAUUGCAGCUGAACUAAGUUCAAAAGGUGAAAAAUGCUCAUUUGGGUCAAACUGCUUACAAAAUACGUUAUAAUGAUUUAUGCAUUUGGCCGGGGGGGGGGAGUACUUUAGGAAUUUCUGGGUGGGGAUGUGCCGCUGGGACCCUGAAACCCUUAACCUAUACCAAAGCUAGUUCAGCUAAAUUUUGCUACCCUAUACUAGAGAAAACUCCCCAAAUCCCCCCUAUCCUAGAGUAGCUGUUUCCCUAGUCUAAGUAAAAUCUUCAACCAACUGAUCAGUUUCCUGAAAAAUGAUACCCUAUUCUAAACCCAAAUGUUCUGAUUUAUAUACCCUAUCCUACAGUAAACUGCUUGAAAACCAUACCCUUCACAGCGGCACGUACCUAUAUAGCCCAUAUAUGGCAGUACCCCCGGGGCAUUAGGUUCGGUACAUGGAAAGUUCGGCGUCUGAAUCAAAGCGGUUCCAAAGUCGCUCGAGAGGCGAAAUUCUCGGCCGGGCUGGGCGAAAAGAACGGCUGAACCGUUCCAAAUUGAAACAGGCGUUCCUAAUUGAUUCAGACGCCGAACUUUUCAUUUACUUAAUUCAAUGUAUUAGGUUCGGCUCAUGAAAAGUUCGGCGUCUGAACCGGGCCUUACUGGUUCAUAUGAAUUACUGUUCUGAAAGAUACUUUUCCAUGUUAUUCUCAUCGAUAGUGAUAUUUUGAUAUUUUAGUUAACCACUUUUUCAAGUAAAGAGUGUUAAUUGAUUGUUUCUACGGCAGGGCCGCAGCAACAUGAGUACAAGGACGGUCCAACCGAAAGGAGACCAUCACCAUCUUCAUCCGGCAACGCGUCACAUGACUCGUCAUUCAACCGCACUCAAACUAACGAACGAAAAUUAGUUCCUUCCAUCAUCGAAGAUAUGAAGAAACAUGUCCGAGAAGUCACUGAACAGCCUUACGGAGAUCUUAAAUCACCUUUUCAUAAUCCAGGUGAAGGACCCAGAAGAGAUCUGAAGCUUGACGAGAUCUUCACCAAUUUAAUUAUUUAUGAGGGGAGAGUUAAGUAUAACUUUUCUGGAGACAGAAUGAAACAACUACAAGAGUACCACAAAGCCAAUGAAAAUUUGCGACCAACGCGUCCAGGAGAUAUUUUUGGUGCAAAAAAACGGAAGAUUCUUGUUGUUGGUCGUCCUGGAAUUGGAAAAACCAUGUUCAGCACAAAGAUUCUUCGCGACUGGGCGUCCGACACCUUGUUUAACAAAACUCAAAAAUCGCAAAUAGAUUUUAAAGUUGCCUUCCUCAUUAAGCUGAGGAUGUUUAACACUAGAAGCAAAAAACUAAAUCUUCGCGAGCUUCUGGAUCACUCAGAAUAUUCAACAGCUCUUUCCGAAGAGAUCUGGAACUACAUUCGUCACAACCCAAAGCGAGUACUGGUGAUUUUUGAUGGAUUUGACGAGUAUUCUUAUAGGACUGAAAUCAGUAAAGAUGACGUUCCGUACAGAAACAAUGAAGAAGACAAGAUGCCUGUCCACUUCCUGCUGAAGAAAAUAGUAACGGGAAAAAUUCUUACCGGCGCGACAGUCUUAACGACUACAAGACCCAAUGCCGUGUCAUGUGUCAGAAGUCUUAACUUUAACAGAGCAGUUGAAAUUCUGGGGUUUACAACUGAGCAAGUGAAUGACUAUGUAGGGAAGUUUACAAAGCUGGAAGACAAAGCAGAAACCAUAAGGCAACACAUCACCAGUAACUUAAACCUUCUAGCCUUCUGCUACAUUCCUGUAAAUUGUUUCAUCAUUUGUUCAUGCUUGUUAGAGUUGCUUGUCAACACUAGCUUAACCAGCCUCCACUACCUCCCAACAAGACUGACAGAAAUAUACUCCAUUGCAAUAAAGAUGUUUUACUUUAGUUACGAUGAUGGUCAGUAUCGCCACAACAAAACUGAAGGACAACAAUUCUUUCUAAAACCAUUUAAGGAACUGCCCUCCUCUGUGCAAAAGGAGUUCACAAGUCUGGGAAAAAUUGCUUUUAAUGGCAUUCAAGAGGGAAGAUUAAUUUUUGAAUCGCAUGAGGUUAACAGGCUAGAGAGUAAUGGCCUGUUUCACUGUUUACCUGUCACUAAAGACCAUCCUUUAGCAGAGGGAAGAGAACAAUAUUGCUUUUUACACCUGACGAUACAGGAGUACUUGGCGGCGAAGUAUUUGGUGGACACGUUCAGUCCCGAAGACCUGCAGAAGUUUGUUUCCGAUCACAUCCAAGAUGGCGCGUGGAAGGUUGUGAUGCAGUUUGUGGCUGGACUGCUGGCUGAAAAAGAAGGAAAAUCAACAGAUAUUUUCAGCAACCUUCUUCCCUCAGAAACGGAUACUGAAGAAGUUAGAAUCAAGAUGAAUGAAGAUUCAGAGGAACCAACUGAAACACGGACCUUUUGGCCAGCUUUUGAAGAAGACAGGUUAUUAGUGGUGACGGUAUUCAAUUGCAUGUAUGAGAACAAUGCCUCUGAUCGAGAAGUUCAAAAGAAACUGGCGAAAAUUGGUUGUAAAGCGCUUCAAUUUAGUGACUGUAACCUGUCACCUCUCGACUGUUUAGCAUUAGUGCAUGCACUUAAAUCUGUUGAAGGAAUUUUGGAAUUAUAUUUAGACCGCAACAACCUUCAGUCGCUAGGAUGUAUUGAGAUUGCGAAGUUGUUACCUGGCAACCAACACAAUCAGGGUUUUUGCGAACUAAAAAGAUUAAACCUCAGUAAUAACAACAUAACUGAUGAAGGAGUAAAACAUUUAGCUACAGCACUCACACACACUAACUGCACACUAAACAGCUUAGACCUCAGUCUUAACAACAUAACUGAUGAAGGAGUUAAACAUUUAGCUACAGCACUCACACACACUAACUGCAAACUAAACAGCUUAAACCUCUAUAAUAACAACAUAACUGAUGAAGCAGUUAAACAUUUAGCUAAAGCACUCACACACACUAAGUGCAAACUAAACAGCUUAGACCUCAGGGGUAACAACAUAACUGAUGAAGCAGUUAAACAUUUAGCUACAGCAUUCACACACACUGACUGCACACUAAACAGCUUAAACCUCGGGUAUAACAACAUAACUGAUAAAGGUAAAAAUCUCCUAAACUCAGUGAACAUAAACUGUAAAGUAUUUUUCUAA